AUGAAAUAUAUUUUUUUAUUUGUAAAUCCAACUUCUGGUGGAAAUAAAGCAUCUAUAUUUACUGAAUUUGGAGUAAAUGAGAUAAUAUUUCAUAAACCACAUAAAUGCCACUUUUUCAUUUACAAUAUUUUGGAAGGAGAAAAAGGAAAAAAACCAGGGUUUCUAAAUUUAAGAUCAAUAACAAAUAACCCUAGGAAAUUUGAAAGCAAAGCUUUUUCAAGUUUUUCAAAAUCUAAAAGUUUUACUGAUAAAAAUAAUUUAUCAUUAGAAAAUAAGGAUAGCUUAAUAAAAAGGAAAUACUUAUCAAAAGAAAAAAUUCCUACAAAUUCCAAUAGAGAUAGUAAUGAUAAAAAUAUUGAUUUGGAUAAACAUAAUGAACAUGAAUGUGAAAAAAAUAAAGAACUAGUAAAUGAGACUAAAUGUAAUGAAUUAAAUUGUGAAAGUAAAAGUGAUAGAAAAGAAAAUGAAUUGCUAUCAAAAAGGUCUAAUGAAAAUAAAGAUAUAUCUAUAUAUGUUUUAGUAGCAGGAGGAGAUGGAACAUUAAAUUGGGUAUUAAAAGAAUCGGAAAGUUAUAACAUUAAUAAUAAUAAAUUUGCUGUUGGUGUGAUUCCAUUUGGUACUGGUAAUGAUUUUGCAAGGGCUUUUGGAUGGAAAAAAAUAGAUGGAAUAUUUAAUCAUUCUUUUUUGUUUAAUAUACUAAAAAAAAUUGUAGAUCAAACAUUUAAAUCAAAAAUAGAAAAACAUGAUUACUGGAAUAUAGAAGUUGUUUUAAAAAAAGAUGGAUAUUUUAAUAAAAUUAACUCCAAAACUAAAAAAAAAGAAACUUUAAAAGAGAAUAAUGAAAAUAUAACCGAAUUGAAACUUUGUAUGAGCAAUUAUUUUAGUAUUGGUAUUGAUUCAAGAAUAGGUAGAGGAUUUGAAAGACAUAGAAAAAAAAAUGCUCUUUGCAACAAAAUUGUAUAUGCUGUUGAAGGUUUUAAAAAAAUUUCUUUUAAAAAGAAUAUCCCAGUUAAUUUAAUUAUAGAUAAAAUGGUUGCAGGAGAAAACUAUGAUAAUGUAAUAUUUACUACUAAUAACAGUGAAGUAUAUCCUUUAUUAAAAAAAUCAAUGAGUAUUAUAUGCAUUAAUAUUCCGUCAUAUUCUUCAGGUAAUGACAUAUGGAAUUAUACUCAUAAAAUUGGUUUAAAUUUACCAAAAAAUUUAACUAGUGAUGAAAAAAAAGUAUAUGAUGAAUUAAAAAAAUCACAACAAGAAGUCGGUGAUGGUAUUUUAGAAUUUGUUAUAUAUCAGUCAGGCAUUGAUUUAGGUUUAGAAUUCACCUUAAAAGGUAGAGCUUAUAGAGUACAUCAAGGAAUAGGUCCAUGGAAAAUUUUUUUUAAAGAACAAAAAUAUAAUGUUUAUUUUCAAGUGGAUGGAGAAUAUUAUCUUAUGUCAUUACCAAAUUAUAUAUCCAUUUGUCACUACAAAAAAAUAAAUGUGCUCAAAAAUAUUUUAUAA